GCUGCUGCACAGUUUGGAUUGAUUGAUUGAUUGAUUUUAUUUGUCAGUUAAUAUCAAAAUGUGAUUGUGUCCCUUAUUAAACUUUUUGAAUGCAUUUUGCAGUAAUGACCAGCAGGUGACGCUUUAGAGUAGAUCUUUUGAAAUGUUAGGCACCAGAUUGAUCUUCACUUCGAAAUUCGAACUCUGGUGUUGCAACAAUACAGUUCCCCAAGCAAUCGCUACGCUACUUCGGAGCCAUUUCUUCUUAUAGCAAGCGGACGGUGUCAGUUAUGCGGUACUGCAGCACACGUGGCGGUGUUCAGGGUUGGGACUUUCAGGAUGUUUUGUUCUCGGGAUAUGCUCCAGACGGGGGGAUGUUCAUGCCUGAGACCCUCCCCACCCUGAGCCCUGAUACCCUGAGGUCCUGGAGCUCCCUGUCCUACCCCCAGCUAGUGACGGAGGUCUGCUCCCAGUUCAUACCUACAGAGCUGAUCCCUCGAGCAGACCUGGAGGGCCUGGUGUGUGCGGCCCUGUCUGGGUUCUCCGUGCCGGGGGUGGUGAGCCUGGCCAGGAUGAAGGGGGGGCUGUGUGUGCUGGAACUCUUCCACGGUGAGACCCUGGCCUUCAAGGACCUGGCCAUGACCUGCACCGUGCGCUUCCUCGACUACUUCCUGCGCAAGGAAAGCCGCCGCGCCAUUGUAGUCGUGGGCACGUCCGGGGACACAGGUGGUUCAGCCAUCCAAAGUGCGAGAGGCCUUAGUGGGGUAGACGUUGUAGUGGUGUACCCCCGGGGCCGCAUAACCGCUGUGCAGGAGAAACAGAUGAUCACCUGCCUGGAGGACAACAUCCAUGUGUUUGCAGCGGAUGGCAGUUCUGAUGACAUCGACGUGCCCAUCCGUCGACUGUUUUCAGACCAGGAGCUGGUGAAACAACACAGCCUGAUGAGUCUCAACUCAGUCAACUGGUCUCGUGUCAUGGUGCAGCUGGCACACUUCCUUUAUGCCUACCUGCAUGUGAGCGGGCUGGAGCAGGCAGAGACGGGGGCACCCCUACCCAUCUUGGAGAUGGUAGUGCCCACAGGGGGGGCGGGGAAUAUCGCCGCCGGCUGCAUUGUGAAGCAGAUGGGGAUACCGCUGUGCCUCGUUGCCAUGACGAACGCUAAUGACAUAGUGCACAGGACGGUGCAGACCGGUGACUUUUCCAUGGCAACCAAUGUCACGCAGACCAUGGCCCCGGCUAUAGACAUUCAGGACCCCUAUAACAUGGAGCGUGUGUUCUGGCUGCUGUCUGGUAGAGAUGGAGCACUGGUAAAGGGCAUGAUGGAGGAGUUUCAGCACUCUCACAGACACACUCUGCCUGAAGCUCUCCACAAACAGUUGUCUCAGGUCCUCACAGCAGGUGCAGUAAGCGAUGAGGGGAUAGUGGAGACCAUGCAGAGAUGCUGGAAGGAGAACCAGUAUCUACUAUGUCCCCACACUGCAGUGGCUGUGUGGCAUCACUACCACUGUCCCCCCACUGCAGGGGUCAACAGGUGUUGCAUAGCAACAGCCUCUCCAGCCAAGUUCCAGGCGGCGGUGCAGAAGGCGGGGCUGACCCUUGAUCUCCCUGAGGCAUUGCGGGCCCUGGACAAGAUGUCCACUCGCUACCUGGCCCUGGAGCGGGGCCAGGACUGGGACAAGGACUGGGAGGGCAGGCUGAAGCAACACAUCCAGGCUAUAGGCUCAGCCAGGCAACGUGGAGUGGCCUACUACUCAACUGUGGAGUGUAACUAGUUAUUUAAGAAAUGAGGCUUAUGGAUGCGCAGUGAUAACUCAGAUGGAACUGUUAACAGGCAUUUGCCAUGUAUUAUCAGAAAUAACUAACAUUUAUUAACCAAUCAGAUUGUUUUAUAAAGUGGAUAAUAGGCCACUUACUGCUAAUACCAGCAAUAAUAUGCCCACAGUUAGAUUUGUUAUUUACUGUCUUGAAGAGAGCAGUUUUAUAUGAUCAUAUAUUGUUACAAUAAAAGAAGAUUGUUUAUUGUAUACAUUUGAUCAGAAUUCAGAUCAAAUGGUGUAAUUGUCAAAUGGUGUGUUUUGCAAUCGAACCUCUGGACAGUUUAUUGCCUGACCAUAAAUGUUGACAAUAAAAGUUGCAGAGGCAA